UCGUUAAAUUUAGUUGAAAAAGAAAUAGACGGUAAGUUAAAUUAAGUUUGAAUAAUUUUAUAUGUAAUUAAUGAAAGUUUUUGCAGAAGCUGAUUUCUGAUGGCAGCAACUUUAGUUUUUCGGCGGCCAUUGGCACCAAAACUGGUCAUCACCAGCAAUCUCCAGUAAGCAAAGUUUGUGAGCCCAGGAAAUCCGAUCCAGGUUGCUACGCCGGGACUUACCCAAGGUCUUGGCCAUCAGCAGCAGAAUUAUGAAGAGCGACCGAUUAACCAUUGCCUGGUACCGCAACCGGCCAUCUCCAACAACCCCCGGUUUGCUGAGGUCAUGGGCACGGAAUAUCUCGACAAUGCUCGGUUAUAAGAAUGACGGAAGAGUAGAAGUAGUAGUAAACAUGGUGCACAAAGCACUGGCCAUCGGUGGCGAUUCUGCGCGUGGCAAACGGACUGGACUACUAGGAGAUCCUUGGGGAGGAGAUCGCGACCAUUUGGUCAGGGCACAUUGUCGCCGACCUGGUGGAAAGGUUUCAUCCGUGUUUCCAGCAAAUUGCAUCUUUUACGAUUAA